AUGGGAGGAAGGGCUCCAGGCCCGACUGGACAGGACAGGAGACGAGGGGAUUCCAGUCGGAGUCGACGGAGAGUUUACCUGAAGAAAGAGGGCGCUCUGGAAGGUAAUUUCAAUAAAAUGUGGGAAGUCCAGGGAUGGAAGCAUGCCUUGGCUGGUUUAGGAAACCAGAGGGACUCUCACCUCAACCCAGGUAGUCCUCAGAGAUUGCUAGGGUUGACUUCUGAACAGAGGCUUGAAGGUGGGUUAGGAAUUAGCCAGAUGAAGAGGCUGCUCUUUGAUGAAGACACAUCUCUUAGAUCUGAGUUCAGUCUCCAUCCUGGUAUAAGUGGAAGGUGCAAAGGCAAACUUUCUCCUGAGAUUCAACUUGGGUUUAAACUGAGAGAUAAUCCCCAAGAGCAAAUGAGUAAAAAUAAGAUAAUGCCUCUUAAUGACAAGGCAGUCUUACAGCAACCUCAAGAUGAAAUGGAACAAAGUCAAGCUCUAUUCCAGCAUAGAAAAAGUUUUCCAGUGGUCACUGAAUCAUUUCCCCAGGCUGAACUUUCACUGAACCACCGAAGCAUUCAAGGGCCUGAGGCUGAAAAUCCUGAAAUUUUACCACACCCAGAAAAGGAACUAAGCACAGACAGAGACUCUCCUGAAAUUAGCUUUCUCUCACAUACUGCUCUUAGAGUAUCCAAUGUGGUGGUUGUAAAGGAGAAGUCAUUAAUAGAGCCAGAGAAGAUCUUAGCAUUACCAAAUAUGUUUUCUGAGUCUAGAAAUGAAGCCAUGUCGACCAUGAAUUCUGAAGAAACCAAGGAUGAAGAAAGCUCUCUUAAAACAUUUGUGUCUACCUUAGAAAGGUUACUCACAUCACUAGAAAUUACUCAGGAGGAAAGACUAUUUGAAAUAAUGAGUGUUUUCGAUCCUAAAGAGUUGACCAACCCAUUGAGCAAGUCUCCAAGUUCCAUAUCAGUGUCUUUAACAUGUCACAGAGAUUUACUAAAAAACACAAAGGAUAAUGCAUUGCCAACUGAAUUGUUAGCAGCCUUAAACACAUUAUCAGAAGCCACUGUGGGACCCAUCUGUCACAAAACAGAGGGAGGCAGCAGUCUCACUGCUGGAAAUGAAUGUUUAGGAGUGGAGCCCAAGAUGUCUCAGACUGGUGAAGAUUGUAUACAAAUAACAGAGACUCUAGAAGAUCCAAAUCCAUUUGGAUUGCAAACUUCAGUUCAUCACAAUGUCACCACUUGUGAUUCACUAUUAAAUAAUAAGGAAAAUUCACAAUCAUUGGAAAAUAGGUCUGACCAGGACACUCUGUGCGUGUUGAGGAGAUCAUCCAGACUGAAAGCAGGAAGAGAUGCACAGCAUACAGAUGACAUGUAUAAGAUGUCAGAAAAGAUUUUACAAAAGAUACUUGUCUGUGAGGAUCAAACAAAUAAGAAGUCCUCAACUAAGAAUUUCAGAAUGCAGGAUCCUGCUUUAAUGAUUAAAGGUAAAAGGAAGAAUAUGCGUUCAGCCAGACUCAAGAGUGGAAAACAGAUCAGGAAAAACACAAAACUUGCUGGAAAAAAUGGAAAAAUGAAGAUGAAUGAAAUACCUCUUUCUAACAUUAACCGUAGAAACAUUUUUGGAGAGAACUUACUGUAUCAGGCUGCUCUGCACAAUGACCCUGACCUUGUUCAUCAUUUUAUAGUAAAAGGGGGAAAUGUUAAUCAACAAAGUUAUGCUGGUUGGACAGCACUUCAUGAAGCUAGUGUAGGAGGAUUUUAUCAGACAGCAAGUGAACUGUUAAAAGGUGGAGCCGAUGUAAAUAUCAAAGGAAUGUUCCAGAUCACUCCCCUACACGAUGCUGUCAUAAAUGGACGUUAUCAGGUGGCAGCGUUACUUCUUUUGAAUGGAGCUGAUCCCUUACUUAGAAGUGACAAUGGAAAGUGUGCUUUGGAUGAGGCCAAAGAUUCACGUAUGAAGCGUCUCCUUGAGAAAUAUAUUCCUAAACACCAAAAACAUCUUACAUCAGCUCAAAAGAACAGCACUGACCUAUCAGACAUAGAGGAUGUACACCAGCACAAGAAACCAAAAUUCAGUUCUAAAAAUCUCAUUGGGUUUGUUGAUGAUGAAAAUUCCAACAGACAGAAAUCAGAAGAUGUAAAAGUUGAUAAAGGAAGCAAAGAAGGUUUAUUUAUAAAUAAAGAUGUAUAUGAACAUUACCGAAGAGAUUCCAAAGACACAAAAUUUGGUAAAUCCAUGCAUAAGCAAUCAGCUCUUAACCAAAUACACUCUAUUAGAGGACUCAGAAAAGACAGUUUCCAGGAUAUCAAAGGUCCUAGCACAAAUGUGUCUAAAGCCAGAGGAAGAAGAAACAUAUGGCAUAAAAGAACUCAAGUGGAUGAUGCAAAACAAGAACGCAUUCCAAGAAAGACAGUCGCUGUUUCUUCUUCCAGAAGAAUAAAUAGAUUGGUUACUGGUCAACAAGAUAUUCUCCAAGGCUUUGCUGACCUUCCAGAACAGUCACAUAAACUUUUUAGCCUAGCUCCAUCAAGCCUGAAAAAUGGAUUAGGUAGUAGUAUGGAGGCUUGUUCAGUUCUCAAAGAGACACAUAUCCACAGCCUGGAUUUAUCAGAUAAUCAGGAAACAAAAUGCUUGGAAUCCACUCAUGGAGCUGAAGCUGUUUUUUUCUCAGGACUUUCCUUACAGAAAGAAAUCAAGUUACCACUUGUUACUACACAGCAGCAGCCUGACACUCACCAAGAACAACAGCACAUUAGCCUUUCUCAUGAAAAUAGUAACUUGGGUCAAAAAGGUGAGAACCUUAAUGAGUGGGAGAAUUCUUUCGCAUCCUUUAUAAAGGAAAAUCUUAGUGAUGAUGAUGAUUGCUAUAUCUCUGAGAAGACUAUAACACCUAAAAAAGUGGUAUGUUCUACGGGUUGCACAAACCACUAUAAUUGUGAAAAGAAUAUAACAAAUAGAGAAGAAAUGGAUUUUCAACAGAUUUUCCCUUCUGAAGACUGUAUUUCACAGGAAAAUAAGUUAAAAGCUUGCAGUCUAACCAUAUUUCCACAACAGGAAGCUGUUGAUUUUUCUGAGUCAGAUAAUACAAUAGGUCCUGAACAACAUGUUGCAAAUUACGGACGAUGCACAUAUGAAACUUCUUUUGAUCAUUCACAUGGCAGUCCAGAGCUUUGUCCAGGAACAUUUUCAACACAGGGAACUUCAAAGUUGACUAGUCAUGUGGAGCUAUUCAAAAGGCCUCAAGAUCCUUUAAUGGAUCAAACAGAUACGCGUACUGUGGAAAAGGUAAAUGAGGGAGAAGACGCUAAAAGGGAUUACAACGAUGAAAGUCAAAAACCAAGUUCUUCCAAAGGGCCUUUGUCUGCAGUUGUUAAUUCUCAUGUAAUAGAAACAACUACAGUUGAAAAAAGGAAACAAGAUAUUCCAGAGAACAAAACCAUACAUAAUAUAAUUUUUUAUUCUGCUGACAAUAUUAAUAAGGAAUUGACCAAUGUCUCACAACUUAGACAAAAAGAAGAGAAAGAAAUUUCUCAUAUACCAGAAAUGAAAACAGCUGGAAUCAAUAAGAGGCAUUCCAGAAGGAAAAGCCGGCUUCAUUUGGCUGCCACAAGAGGAAAUUUGUCUCUGGUGAAGGCUCUAAUAGAAUCCGGAGCAGACGUGAAUGUAAAAGAUAAUGCAGGUUGGACACCACUCCAUGAGUCAUCUAGUAAGGGAUCUAAUGAUAUAAUUGUAGAGUUGUUAAAAGCUGGUGCUAAUGUUAAUUGUGAAAAUCUAGGUGGGAUUCUGCCCUUACAUGAUGUUGCCUCCAGCAGUCAUUUAAAGGCAGCUGAGAUUCUACUACAACAUGGAGCAAACCCAAAUCAAAAGAAUCAAAAGCAGAAUACUGCCUUGGAUGAAGCAGAUGAUGAAAAAACGAAAAAGCUGCUGAAAUCUUAUGAUGCUGUUGAGACUGAUAAUAGAGAUGAAAGUAAUGCCACAGUCACUGUCAAAAUUCCUGCUGCCCGACCAAAAAGACAUAAACAGUGUUUUAGUGAUGACUGCAAAAGUGUUGAUCCACCUUUUGUUUCACACAGAGAAAAAACAAGAGAAAGCCAUCCUGUGCAUCAUACCAUCAGUGCCAUUCUACAAGACAUAGAAGAAAAACAAGAAAGUUUACUAGAAUUUGAAAUAAGAACCCCUGAAGAUGCAGAACAAUACAUUGAAAAGAUGUUAGAGAUAAAAGAGGUUAUGGAUAAUGUGCUUGCCAAACAGAAGGCAGAAAGGGAUGAUCUGGCUAAAAAAUACAGAGUGUCCAUAGAAUCAUUUAAGCAAGGAGUCCUCAGAGAACAACUGGCUAAUUUGGCCACAAGACAGAAGAGCCUUUUAGUUGUGGCAAAAAAACAGAAAAAAAUUAGCCAGAAAAUUCAAAACUAUACAAACAUUACAUCUGCGUCUGGUCCUGGUUUGAAGAGGCUGCCAUCCAGCUCAGAAAUCUCUAGUGAAAAGUACAGCCAAAGGCUUACCAGUCUGGGAAAUCCAGUGCAGCCCCAUUCAGGUUCAUGUUCUCCUGUCAGCCUUAUUUGUGGAAGCAUACAGGAAACACAGUCAUCUCUGGAAACGUGGAAUGGCAGCCAAAAUACCAACACUUGUGUAGAUUCAGAGACAGUGAGAAGGGAAGAAUUUUUUGGAAAUGAGCUGAAUUCUAAACAGAAUGUCAAUGACUGUACCUUGGAUGGGUUAUCAAAAUCCAGACAUUCAGAUGGCACUAAGAAGAUUAAAUUACCACCCCAGCCUGUUGCUUUUCUUGCUCAAGCAGAAUAUUCACAAAAAGAAAAUGAUCUUACAGAAACUCCAGCCAAAGGGAAUGAAUCUUACAGUAGUCCUUCAGCAGUAACUGGCACAUUAAAUAUUUCAGAGACUACAAGCAGACUUGCCGAAAAUGAUGCCCAUCUAUCAACUGUUAUUUGCAAUCAGGCUCCUACCAAUUGUGAUCUGAAAAGAGGAAACAGGAAAAUAGCUUCCCAGCAGCCACCUAGGGGGACAUUAGAAUCCUUGGCACACCAAGGGACUGAUGCCUUAGGCAGUACUACUGGGCAUCAGAUGAAAUCUGAUCUUAAAAAAUCAGUUUUUGCUGUUCCCCAUGCUCAUGAUGGUGAGAGCUCCUAUUCCUCGGGAUCUGGCCGUCAACAUAUUAUAAAAAACCCUUUAAACAAUAGCACAGCUCCCAGAAAGAAAUGUAUGCAGAUAAAAGAUCUGAUAUUACUAGGAAGAAUUAAUCCAGGAAAUAACAUUCUGGAAUUCAAAACACAGGAGACUACUCACAAAGCCAGUGUUUUAUUGAGUGGUAAAAUUAAGGUAGAAAAUGGUCAGAUUUAUCAAAAUCCAGUCACCUGGCUCAAGGAUCUUCUAGGAGACGACAGUUACGUGACUUGGAAUUAUGCUUGGAGUAAGGUAACAUAUCUGGGGAAAGAGCUUGUAAAGUAUGUUUCUGAGGAAAUACCCGUACCCUCAGAGCCAAACAUGGCACCUCAGCAACAUCAACCUUGUCUUCCAGAUGCGCCUUGUUUAGAUGACUUAGUAUAGGAACCAAGCAAAUAGGUGUUGGAAAAAAUGAAAUUUGGACAAGGAACUUCCAGAGAGUCAAUGCAAAGCAUCCCACAUUAUCUACAAAUAAAAGAAGUUCUAUUAAUCAGCGAUCAAGAAUUUCUCCCAUGCCAUAUAAUGGAUCAACAUUGGAAGUUCUAUGUGGAAUGCGAAGAGCUAACAUUCUAA